GGGGCUGGAAUCUCCCUCGCCAAUCAAUCCUCCUCUCCUAGCCUCCUGCAGCCGCCGCCUCUGGCCAGUGCUUUUGGGGCCCCUGGGCAGCUCCACCCUAACUUUGCGCGUCAGUCGCGCCCUCUCCUACUGAGCGCAGCUCCCUAAGUCCACCUACUCCAGCGCAUACAAGAAGCCUCAUUCGAGUUUGGAGGAAGCCAUCUCCAAAGUCCAGUUCAAGGAACCCUGCAUCCGCCUAGCUUGUGCUUCUGAAGAACCACCCCUCUCGCCACCGCCCCCACCCCUCCCCUCGGGGAAGAAUUGCCAACCAGAAAGAAACCCCUUAGAGCGGGCUAGCUCUUGGGACGCGUUUUAGAGGAAGAAGAGACCUCCCCUUUACUGCAACUAAACCCUUCCUGACCGAGGAGGAGAAAACACUUUGGGGGAGAGAAUCAGGAGUGGGUCCUAAGUCUGGUCCCGACGCCCCGGGUGACCCAUACUUAGAGGGCAGCGCGAAACCAUGGCCGGCUGCUGCUGCCUGUCUGCGGAGGAGAAGGAGUCGCAGCGCAUCAGUGCUGAAAUCGAGCGGCAGCUGCGCCGGGACAAGAAGGAUGCGCGCAGGGAGCUCAAACUGCUGCUGCUGGGUACUGGUGAGAGUGGGAAAAGUACCUUUAUCAAACAAAUGAGGAUUAUUCAUGGAUCUGGUUACUCGGAUGAAGACAGAAAAGGCUUCACAAAACUGGUUUAUCAAAAUAUAUUUACUGCUAUGCAAGCUAUGAUCAGAGCCAUGGACACUUUACACAUACAAUAUGUAUCUGAGCAGAACAAGGAAAAUGCUCAGAUGAUUAGAGAAGUGGAAGUAGACAAAGUGUCCAUGUUGCCCAGGAAACAAGUGGAAGCAAUAAAAAAACUAUGGGAGGACCCUGGAAUCCAGGAAUGUUAUGAUCGGAGAAGAGAAUACCAACUCUCAGACUCAGCUAAAUAUUACCUGAGUGAUAUUGAUCGCAUUGCCUUGCCAUCAUUUGUGCCAACACAACAAGAUGUUCUCCGUGUCCGAGUGCCUACAACUGGAAUUAUUGAAUAUCCCUUUGAUUUAGAAAAUAUUAUCUUUCGGAUGGUGGAUGUCGGAGGCCAGAGGUCUGAGAGACGGAAAUGGAUCCACUGUUUUGAAAGUGUCACCUCCAUCAUUUUCUUAGUAGCUCUGAGUGAAUAUGAUCAAGUCCUGGCUGAGUGUGACAAUGAGAAUCGCAUGGAAGAGAGCAAGGCUUUAUUUAAAACCAUCAUCACUUACCCCUGGUUUCUGAACUCAUCAGUGAUUUUGUUCUUAAACAAAAAAGAUCUUUUAGAAGAGAAAAUCAUGUACUCCCAUCUUAUCAGCUACUUCCCAGAAUACACAGGACCUAAACAGGAUGUCAAAGCUGCCAGAGACUUCAUCUUGAAGCUUUAUCAAGACCAGAAUCCAGACAAAGAGAAAGUUAUCUAUUCCCACUUCACAUGUGCUACAGACACAGAAAACAUCCGCUUUGUGUUUGCAGCAGUCAAAGACACUAUUCUACAGUUAAAUCUGAGGGAAUUCAACCUUGUUUAAAGGCUGCACUCUCUACAAUGAGAAAAGAAAGGGCUUUUGGCAUCUCCUUGGUUUCUUCUGCAAAUGCUUCUCAGAUUCGCCUGUUUCUGCCUUACCCAUUAUUACACUGUGAUUCACACAGGUGUCCAGCCUCCUCUGAGACACAAGUCUGAGCACCAAAUCCACCAUCUUUGCUUAAUAACUGCUACAGGCUCAGAGGAAUAAAGAAAUGGAUGAUGGAGCCUAGAGGAAAGUAUAUAAACGUUUACUAUUGCCUUUAAAAAAACUUUAAAAUUUGAUUUGUUUUAAGGUUUUUCAAAUUCUGGCUGAGAUUCUUUUUUUGUGCAUGAAUUUUGAAUUUAGGGAUAUUUAAGACAAAUAUUUUAUAGAAAUCUGUAAAAAAAACACCUCACUCUAAUCAUAUUGCAUUCUCAAUUGUUCCUUUUUCAGUGUGUUUAAAGAUAACUAUUUAUAAUCACAUAACAUCAAAUGUUUAAUCAAAGUUCCUUAUACCAUAUAACCAUGUUCUUUGGAUUGUAGGGGAAUGACUGGAGGCAGGCUUAGCAUUUGGAUAUGAAGCUGCAUAUUAAAAUGUACAGGAUUUUUUCUUGACAUAUGGAAGCAUUUUUUCUUUUGUAAUACUUAAAGAGAUUGUUUUAAAGCACUUGAAUAUAAA